AUGCUGCAAGAGGAACUCACUGAAACUACGACUGAGGACAAACUUCGUCGGUUGACGUCGUUUUUCACAAGCAAAAGUUUUGAGGACAUUGACAUGUCGUUCAAUCUCCAUGACGAUAUCAACGUGGAUCGCGACUAUUUCCUCGAAAUGAUGGCCGGAGCCCUCCACUCACACACCACUUUGGAAUCGACACUGACGCCACCGCGUUGGAGGGCUUCUCGACUUUGCAAGACAUUAACAAUUACAUAUCAAAGCCGGCAAUAA